GUGACGUAUAUGGAUGUUCCCAUCUGAUUAGUUCAGACAACUGCCAAUCAAUUAGUUGAGCGCAACUAGCAAGUUUGUUAUUCAAUGUAAACUAUGUUGACUGCUGUGGGACAUCUGGCAAUAACAGAACCGGUGUGACCCACCAACCCCCUUUUGCCAGGGUGUGUGUGGCCAUGGCAACCAGUCCAGCUGUGGGGGAGAGCCAGCUCCAGAGGAUUAUCCGAGAUCUGCACGAUGCUGUUGCUGAGCUGACUAAGGAGUACAAAGAGACUGGAGAACCCAUCAGUGAUGACAGCUCCAACCUACACAGGUUCUCCUACAAACUAGAAUACCUGCUCCAGUUUGAUCAGAAGGAGAAGACCACCCUGCUAGGCAGCAGGAAAGACUACUGGGACUACUUCAGUGACUGCUUAGCCAAGGUGAAAGGAGCCAAUGAUGGGAUUCGCUUUGUCAAGUCCAUCUCUGAGCUGAAGACGUCUCUGGGGAAGGGCCGCGCUUUCCUGCGCUACUGUCUGGUGCACCAGCGUCUGGCUGACACACUACAGCAGUGCCUCAUGAACCAGAGGGUCACUAGUGACUGGUACUACUCCCGUAGCCCCUUCCUGAAGCCUCACCUGAGUGUUGACAUCAUCAGUCAUCUGUACGAGCUGAACGACGUGCAGUUCGAUGUGGCGUCACGGGGUCAUGACCUUGACUCAGACUGGCCCACUUUUGCUAGGAGGACUCUUGGCAUGACCAACUCCCCUAGUCACAUGUGGAGACCACCCACUCGCAGUUCUAGCAUCAACAGCCUGGCUAGCUCCUAUUCACAGGUCAAUGAGUUCCUUGGCAGCCCAGACAUGGACCGCAGCGGCCUCGGUUUCCCCGGUGACACCAGCCUGGCCGACGACUCGUCGGUGAUGAGCGCGGUGGACGAGCUGCGCCUGGAGCUGGACCAGUCGGAGCUGCGCGAGAAGGAGCUACUGGGCCACAUGGGCCAGCUGGGCGGGGAGGCCUCGGAGCUGCGCGCCGUGGUCCUGGAGCUCCAGAGGCAGCUGGACGUCUCGCUGGACGCCCAGACCCAGCAGGUGGAGCGCGAGCGCGGCCUCGGCACCCAGAUGGAGGCCCUGGGCGCAGCGCUGGAGGCCCGGCAGGAGCAGCUGGAGGCGGCCGAGAGGCGCGGGCGGGAGCUGGUGGAUCAGCUGGACUCUGCGCUCGAGGCGAAGGGCGAGCGCGCCGCCGGGCACCUCGACUCGGCCCAGAAGAUCCACGAGCUGCUGGACGAGCUGAAGGAGGAGCAGCGCGAGCGCGCCCAGGCCCUGGAGGAGGCUAGCGACAGCCAGAGGAGGGCCGAGAGGCUCGGCCAGGAGCUGAAGGCCGCCCAGGAGGCAUUGGGGCGAGCGGAGAAGAAGAGGGAAGACGUGCAGGAGGAGUGCAGGCAGCUGAAAGAGGAGCUGGGCGCGCUAAAGGAGCAGCUGGAGGAAGGGAAGAGCGGGGCGCAGGAGGAGAGCGAGGGGCGCAGGAGGGAGGCGGAAGGCCUGAGGGAGCGGCUGGGCGCGACGGAGGUCGAGAGGGACGGGCUGAGGGCGAGCGUGGCCGAGCUGGAGGCCGGCGCCAGGGAGCAGACGCGGCGCACCGAGGACUACCGCGUCCAGUGCAGCAGCCUGAUGGGGCUGAACGAGGGGCUGCUGGAGACGGUGCGGCGCUCGGAGGAGAGCCAGAGGGAUCUGACCGAGGCCCGCGCCACGCUGGAGGCAGAGGCGGCCGCGCUGCGCGGCAAGAUGGCCGAUGCCACCACUGCCGCGGAGGAGAGGGAGAGGCGUCUGCGCGAGGAGGCCCGCGCGCUGGAAGAGCGUCAGCAGAGGGCUGCUGCGCAGAUGGAGAUGGCGGAGGCUCGGGUGCAGCGUCUGGAGGAGGAGAACGCGUCACUGCAGGCGGGCAGCGAGGAGGCGCAGCGCCGCUGCCUGGAGGAGGCGCAGCGGGAGCGCCGGGAGGCGCAGGCGCACGCCGGCCUGCUGGAGCAGCAGCUGGGCGUGCGCGGCGAGGACCUGGGCCGCCUGCACGGGGAGCUGCGAAGCGCAGUGCGCGACUCUGAGGAGGCCCGCGCCCAGCUGCGCGUGGCCGAGGAGGCGCGCCAGGAGCUCGCGGCCCGGGCGGAGUGUUUGACGGAACAGGAGGGGCGGCUGAACCUCGCCCACGUGGCUGAGCUCCAGGAGCGGACAGAGCGCGAGGCGGCACUAGGCCGCGAGGUGGAGGAGGCGCGCGGGGAGGUGCGGGAGCUCAAGGCCCAGCUGGAGCGCCUGGCGGUGGAGCAUGCAGAGGCGCGGGAGAGCCUGCACCGCGCCAACACCGAGACGGCCGAGCUGGGUAUCAACCUGUGCCGUCUGACGGCGGAGCGCGAGGAGGCAUGCCAGCGGAGGUGCGAGGCCGAGCAGGAGGCGCAGAGGGAGGCCGAGCGCCUCAAUGCCAGCCUGGCCGCCCUCAGGCAGGAGAACACCAGUCUGCGGCAGGAGAUACAGCAGGCCGAGAACCUUCCGGAAGCGCUGCUGGAGGUGCAGGAGAAGCUGGAGAAGGCCGAGUCCCAGGCCAGGACACAGCAGGACGCCGGGCGCGAGGAGAUGCAGGCGCUCAAGUUCCAAAUGAGCUCUGAGGUCAUGAGCCAGCAGAGCCAGAUCCAGAGUUUGAAAGAGGAGCUGGAGGGGGUGAAGACUCAGAUGAAGACAGAGGAGAAGAGAGCGUCCAGCCUGGCAGAAAAAGUCUCUGAGCUGGAGGGGGCCAGUGAUGAGUAUUCUCGGCUGAUCGAGGAGAAGGAUGCUCACGUCACCAAGUCCGAGAGGGAUAUUCGUGAAAACGAGGCGGAGAUUCUGAAGCUUCGAGAGAAACUGGACAGUGCAGAGCAGGCGCUGGCGGCGGGACAGGGUGUGUGUGGGGACCUGAAGCAGCGGCUGGAGCAGGUCCAGACUGAGGCCCAGAGCCAGCGGCUCAGCAUGGACGCCCAGAUCCUGGAGCUCUCCCACAUCAAGAACCACCUGGAGGAGCGCCUCAUAGAGCUCAUCAAGGAUAAGGAUGCGCUGUGGCAGAAGUCGGACGCUCUGGAGUUCGAGCAGAAGCUGCGGGCCGAGGAGCAGUGGUGGCUGGUGGACAAGGAGGCCGCUCGCUGCUUGGACUGCAAGGGCCAGUUCACCUGGUACCUGCGGCGUCACCACUGCAGGUUGUGUGGGCGCAUCUUCUGCUACUAUUGCAGUCAUAACUUUGUGAUGACCAAGCACAGUACUAAGAAGGAGCGCUGCUGCCGUGAGUGUUACACAGAGCACAGCGCCGUGGUGGAGAGGUUCACGCCAGCCGAGCUCGACACACACCUCUCACAACCACACGUCCAGCCAGCCCCCUACAAACCCACACCCAGGGUGACCGUGACGGAUCCGGAUACCAAACAGGAUGAUGCAGUAUAUGACAUCAUCACCGAGGACGAAGUGAACGGCAUCUAUGACAGCGAUUCGCUCUCACACACAACAACUACCUCACAGGAGGGGGAGAGUGAGGCCAGGGCACCCACUGACCUGGACGCUGAGGACAGAAGGACUGGGGACACCACCCCUGAAGAGCAGGAGGAGGUCGUGGCCACAGUGCAGGAUGCCGAGAUUAACCUGCUCCAGUCCGGAGAGUUAAGUGAGUCAGUGGGCCUGAGUCUGGAGGAGAUCUGUGGGUUCGGGGACGCGUCACGAGAGCUCCUCGUCAAGGCCAGCAGCUACAGCCUCGUCCCCAUCAGCGUGGGCGACCACGGCCCCACCAUCAGCUGGGUCUUCUCAUCUGAGCCCAAGAGUAUCUCCUUCAGCGUGGUCUUCAGAGAGGACACACACACACCCCUGGAGCAAUCAAAGGUUCUGAUUCCUCUGACUCGCUGUAACUCGCACAAAGAGACCAUCCAGGGACAGCUGAAGGUGCGGAACCCUGGGAUCUACACACUUGUCUUUGACAACUCAUUCUCAAGGUUCAUCUCAAAGAAGGUGCUGUACCACCUGACAGUGGAGAAGCCCGUCAUUUAUGAUGGUAGUGACUGCACACAAUGAUGGUCUCCACCUAGAAAAGUCAGUGGUUGCUGACCAGAAGCUGGCUUGUCAGGUCUUACUGUUAAUGCCCAGGGCCUGGAUUGUAUUACAUCCUUGUAACACUUAGGAUAGUCAUGAAUUGUUUUGUCUGUCAUAUCUCUGACCUUCCACCAUUGAGAAAUGACUGACUAAGUUAUCACUGUCCCAAAUGCUACAUGGAUCAUUUAGAAUCAAGUCCCUCGGGUGGUAUGGACCAGUUGACAUCUUUUGUAAAAAUCGCUAUGUCAAUCAUAAGGAACUAGGGACUCAGGGAGGGUAUGGGUGGAUAUUACAUUUAUUUUAUUUUAUUUUAAUCCUUUUAACCUACGCUUGUGAUCCUGUGCCAAGUAUACAGUGUGUGUGUGUGUGUGUGUGUGUGUGUGUGUGUGUGUGUGUGUGUGCGUGUGUGUGUUUAUAGUACACAUGUUUCUAAUGGUCUGGCAUUGUUUUUUAACAUAUUUCAGAUUUGUAAUAUUGAUCUUUUUCUUUGUGCAUUUUCGGUCCUGUGUCAUAGACAAACACUGGCAUUUUGUCUGUGGGCUUCCUCUUUUUAAUGCCAUUUACUGUUCAAGCCCCUUUCAUCAGCAGAUACCACACUCUUCCUCCAGCUGGUUUGUUGCCUAAAUACUACAAGCACAAAAGGAAAAAAUUAUGUUUAUUGGAAAUCCAUGUAUACAGUUUACAUGUAUGUUUUUUUUCCUUUUAGUGGCGAUCACUAAAGUACGGUAUGCUAAAUAACUGGAGCAGUUGCACACCUUGUCUGAUAUACAGUCAGCCAGUGCUUAAAAACUAGUAACUUUGUGUCAUAGUUAGCUGUCAAAAUGCACCAACAGCUUUUAGACCCCAAGUAUAUUUCUCCUUCUCAAAUACAAAUAGGAGCCUAUCCAAGUUUAUGGAAUACGAAAUAUUAUUCAUGGGGUCUUCUCCCUUAUGCUCAUAUACAAUGUAUGUUCUUAUUUACACUAUAGUAUGCUUUCUGUAUGAGAGUUUUUUUUGUAAACAGAGGUAAGAUUGAUGAAAAAAGUCCCAGAGGCUUUCAUAGACACAGGUAAUCAGCUUGCAGGAAUCCAAGCCAAAUCCCCACAAGCUUCAGAAACAGCGGCGAUGCCUAAACUCAGGGAACGAGACCACAUCCCUCUCGUUUCAGGCAGGGCUUUUUUUCUUCAGGGCUUUUAGUCCUCUGUUGCAGGUUCUAUGAUAGGAGAUUAGGUGGAGGGUUUGAUGGGUACGAGUUAUUUGAGGGAGAACUGGUGACCAGUGUAGUUAAUGGUGACUGCUCUGUGACACUGAUUAAGGUCCUGGUAGGGACUGUUAUGUGUGUGACGGACAUACUCAUGGAAUACUUUUGAAGUACCUGCGCUUUAAAAGACAGGAAGAGACUGACCAGUCUCAGCUCCAGUUCUAGCUCCUAAUGCACAAAUGUUCAGCUGACAUGAGAUUUGAGAGCCGCAAAGACAAAGACAAAGACAAACACUAAGACAAAGACCGUUCCCAGGUGAUAAGUCUUUUUUUUUGGUUUAGUGUUUCCAGUUUGGUCUGCAUUAGUCCCUUUAUCUUUAGAUAAUGGUUUUAUAAUAAUUUUACAAUGAUCUGGAGUGGUCAAUGAAAUCAGGUGGAGUAUUAUGCCAUUUGUGAAACAAAUCAAUUUGUGUCACAUCUGUAAUGUGAAUUUAUGUCACUCAUAUUGUCAUAGGAAUCAAGUUAAGGUCUGUAUGCAAUCAGUCACUACUAUUCAGGGGGAACAUCAUAAUCUUUGUAUUACUAAUGAAUGCUCUAAGAGCCACAAUCAGUUAAGUUGGUACAGCUUAUAUUGAGAAACAGUUCUAUAUUUAUAUAUAAACAUUUUGUAUCUCUUUCAUCCAUUUUGUAAUUGAUAGAAACAAAAGAUGAGAAAAAUAUGAACACUAUAUAUUUUCAGCACAGUUUUGCACUUUUGACAAGAAACACAUUUCUUUUAAAAAAAAAAAGGAGAUAAAUGAUUUUAUAACAAGUGCUCACAACUUUGGAGUUGGUGUCCAUUAGGGCUUUUUACUGAUUGAUCGUGAGUAAAGAAUCUUUUGAAGAUGUGUUGCAUAUUCCUUUAUCUCCAGAUGAGAAAUAGCCGUAUGCCUGGAAUAUGCACCCAUGUCAACAAAUGUGUCUCAGACCCUCUGAGAGAACAAGAACCUCCUGAAACUGGAUUAUAUGUGAAGUGCAGGUCCUGUUCUCUUCCAGAGGUAGUUCAUGACUCUGGACCACACUUCGUGUAGAAAAUGAGUGAAGCCCUGAAUCUUAAAUGAUAUAGAAUAAGACACUCUCUGAACAAGGUUCAGCUGUGCUGUCAGCAUUACUGUUGAAUGGUCACUGGUCACAUGCUGCAUGUAUCUUGCUUUGGGUCAGAGCAAUAAACUCUGUAAAGAAAGA